GAAAGUGCCAGAAAGAAAGGGGCAAAAACAUACUACUGCUUCUACUAUUAUAAUUCUUCAACUUCAUAAACGACAUCCUCCUUGUCUUUUGGUCUCUGUUUCACUGUCGGAAUAAACGAUUUCUGUAGCACUUUCACUCUGUCUUUCUCUCUCCCUCUCUCUAAAAAGUGUCUCUUUGUUUUUAACUGCAAAUUCUUCAGGUGAGGCUGUUCUGUUUUAUGAUUGUUUCUCGUUUGUUGAGCUAAUUAAGAACCAGAAAAGAUUGAAUUUUUCAGCUAUAGUAUAUGUUAAGUUUGGUGUUUCGAUGAUUCUGAUUCUUUUGCUGUAUUGAUGCCUUUAUUGAUUAUGAAUUUGGGGCUUUGACGAUCUGUUUUGCAAGCUUCAGGAAUCAAAUUUAUGGUCAGAUAUAGUGAUUGUUUGUGGUUUAUUCUUUCCAAAGGUGAUUUGCAAGUUUAGUUGAGUCCCUAGUUUAUGAUGAUAGUGAACUGAUGAACAAAGUAAGAUUUUGUACAGUGGGCUUUCUCGUUGACAGAAACCGAGCACGCUCGAAAACUUAGCCGGCAUAGUAAUUAAUCUCUCUGACUCUUGGAAUUGUUUGUGUUGAUAAACUAUAUUUCUGUGAUAAUCAUGAUAGAGUGAGCAAAGAAUAGCAAAGCUUAAAUCAUGGUAGAGUUGUUGCCUUGUUGGUACCACUGCUGUUCGGUAGUACGAGUGACCUAAUUUGUAGGAGUAUCACAUAAUUUAUGUCGAUGAGCUAGUACUCUACCUAAAGAAUGUGCUAGAACUGCUUAUCAGCUAAAGUGGAGUUCAACCGGAUGACUCAAAAUUGAAAAGAAAAUAAGGCAGACUUUGAGAAAUAGACCUUCAUGAAUCAUACAUGUGGUAAAGAGAAAAACUUGGCUUGUUGAGUUCAUGUUCAAUAGCUGCAUCCGAUCAGCCAAACAAGAUGGAACUGCAAAAAUCUUUCCUUGAGGUUGUUAAUGCUGAGAAACAAAUGUUAGAAUUGAUCUAUAAAAAGGGUAUUUUACACGAGGAUGUUCUCGAGUUAUACCACCAAAUCCGCGCUGUAUAUGAAAACAUUCUAUUGAACAGCAAUCACUUACUUGAGCUUCAAGAAGUUGAGCAUCAUAUGUGGAAGCUGCAUUACGAGCUCAUCGUUGAAUUUCGUAGAAGAGCUAGGCAAAGAUCUCAUAAUGGAGAGACUAAGAGGAACAAUGGUCCACCUGAUAGUAUUAAUUCACAGACCAGCAUUGAUAAAGGCUUGGAAGAAAUCAAGUCAUUCUUGUCCAAAUCAACUGAGUUCUACAUGAAUUUAAUUGUCAAAAUGCGAAGAGCUUGCGGGCUCCCUGCAAAAGUUUUCCUUAAUAAUACGGAUCGCUGGUCAUCUUCCAUCGAACCUAAUAAGCUGCAUGCAUGUCAACAUACAUGUCAUCGCCUUUUAAUUUGCCUUGGAGAUCUAGCUAGAUAUACUGAGAUUAUCAAGAAGCCCGAUGCUUGUGAGUGGUCAACUGCAGCGAUGCACUACCUAGAAGCAACCCGAACGUGGCCAGAUAGUGGGAAUCCCCAUAAUCAGUUGGCUUUAUUGGCAACAUACGUCGGUGAUCCUUUUCUUGCAUUGUAUCAUUGUAUAAGGAGUUUGGCGGUCAAGGAGCCUUUUCCCGAUGCUUGGAAAAAUAUUUUGCUACUCUUUGAAGAGAACAGGUCUGCUAAGUUGAUAUCAUUCGAGAUGCAGCCCGACUUCUUAAACCCUUCAAAAAGAGGUUACCUGCACAAUAAAUGCCUUGAGAAGAAUGGUUCUGCACAUAGCAGCAACCCAGAAGACUUGGAUAACAUUUGCUCCGAAAAGUUUGAUUUAUGGCCCAUUCUUGUUAGAACUAUAAGCUUUCUCUUAAUCAGAUCAAGUUUGGAGGAAUACCCGUGCACCCUUGCUUCAGCGUUGCACAGCUUAGACACUUUGUUGGCAGUGGAUGACACGAAGCUUACUGUCUCUUUGGAGUCUUACCAGCGCUUGGACUCUUCCAGAAGAGGUCCUUACCGUGCUAUUCAAGUUGUGUCGAUAUUCAUAUUCAUUGUUCACAGCCUCACAGAGAGCGUGCAGCAAGAGGACUCCCCGAAUGGGAAGGAUGAUGAUUGCAAACAUUCUGCACUAUCACCUUUAGCAUUUGCUACUAUAUUCAUCUUCAUGGGUCGCCUUACAGAGAGAUGUGUGAUGGGAGAGGAGAUGGGUAUUUCCCCACUUUUGCCAUCUGUGCUUGUAUUUGUAGAGUGGCUAGCAGGAUCACUUGAUAUGGUGCAGACAUAUGAUGCUGAUGAAAGGGUUAGAAAUGCCAUGUCCUACUUUUUUAAUGCUCUGGUUGACCUCUCGGAUCGAAUUGAGCAAUUUGGAAAUAGAACAUCUCUUGAUCAUACUGCUCUCUGGGAAGACCAUGAGCUGCGGGGCUUCUACCCGUUGAAUCAUGUUCAUGUAAGGCUGGAUUUCACGACUCAUCUGGAGUGCGUGGAUGACUACCGUUGUAGAAACAAAGGCCGUUUGCAGCGAAUUGUUGAUGCUGCCAAACUAAUAAAGAGCAAGUCCAGAAUUUCUCCUGAGAAGACAUCAAGUUUGCCAGAACAAGGAGACGUGGAAAGUGUAGUAGCAUCUCAUGAAGCUGAUGAAGAGAAAUCUGUGGCUGCGGAAGAGGAAGAAGUCAUUCUCUUCAAGCCAAUCACGAGACGCAACUCAGCGCCAUUGUAUAUCUCUAAAGCUACAAAAGAUCCCAGUGAGCCACACCUACCAAUACCAUCUGCUGAUGAGUGGCUGCGAAGAGCCACAUCAUUAUCUGCUGGUCAGAACGGGGAAGAUGCCGACUCCUUCAGUUUCUGCCCCACCACCUCAAAUUCCGGUGACAGUAGGCCUACCGGACCCCCCUCCCUCAGCGGUUGGGUCCUCAGCAAAGCAAGCUCGAGCACCGAAAGGGAGAAAGAGAUAAUUAGUGGUUUUAGCAGACAAAAACUAAGUCCUAUUGAUGAAACAGCGUCCACGUCCUUCAACAAUACCAGAGACCCUGAAAGGGCGACAGCGGGCCACAUCUCAACAAUAGUGCACGACUCCCCCCCUUACGUUGCUCCAGUUCCUUCGGCCCCCGUGUUGCCUGAUGACGCUUCUUGGAUCCACCCCGGUGCAGAUGGCAUUCUUGGUGCGGCCCCAUUGGGCCGGCCUGCAUUUGUGAACGGAUACCCUCCAGUCCUUGGUAUGAGCUCUUCUGAGUGGUUGUAUCACUACAGAAACAGUGGAUGCAAUCCGAUCCCAGUGAACGAGGUUUCGAGCUUCGAGCUGUGUGACCAAUGGGGAAACCGUUUGGUAUCGAAUCCAAUGGUGUAUUGGGGGAGUCCGGAAUACUAUGUUGGUGGAGAGGAAAAGAGAGAGAGGAUGUUUCUUGGGUACCAAAGACCAUAUACUUAUGGAUGUGGUGUUGGAAUGGAGGUCGGCCAUGAUCAACAGCCGCCACUGCUGCACUAUCUCAAGGAGAAAGAAAGGCAGCUGCAGCCUCCCUCUUAUCCUACUUUUAUGGGAAACUGACUGCAACGCUCUAUUUAUUUUCUAUAGAGAGAUUGUCAACAAUCCUUUUGUGUAUAUAAAAGUGUGGAAUUUUGUCUUUCUAGCUUUUCUACGACUGUUAAAAACGGAUCAUGGCAAAAGCUUUUCAAUAGGAACUAUUGCUUGAUGCUUCA